CAGCCUCUUCCAUGUUUGAUAAAGAAGGCACAGCCAGCCGAGCCCAGCAAGAUGACUUUUGCCGAAUCUGCGGAACUCCUCUGCCUUUUUUGGACGUGACUCUUUGGGGUCCAGAAUGUUUGCUUCACACGAUUUGCCAGGUGGUGGACGGGAAAGUCUUGGGGAGAAAAAAAACGGAUUGAAUGUUGAAGGUGAGCAAAGGAGCGCGUCCAUGGAGGCUGAAGACUGGAAGAUGUUGCUCUAAAAGUGUGCAAGUAUAUCAGGAACACGCAGCGUGCGCUCGUCAUCCUGCGAGAAUGCGACGAGUCUACGCGUGGCUUGUUCGGGACCUGGUGCAGUUUUUGGUUUGCUUGGAGGCUGCGAGGUGUCAACACGUCACGGAGCACAGAAAGGCGCCCCAGAGGACGGGGUCCCUGCAGGACUUCGAGGCGGCCUGGGGAUCCUGGGGGCCCUGGUCGGCCUGCUCCCUGACAUGUGGAGGUGGAGUACAAGAGCAGAGUAGACCGUGUCUGAGGGUCUACCCUCCCCUGCGUCCAGGCCAUGUCAUCUCAGCCUUGAGGCCUUCGGUUUCUGUCCAUCGGGAUGGCAGUGGUCAUGAGGGCGAGCGUACCCCAUCUGGUGGAAGCAGGAGGAUCAUCCCCAUCAUCCCUGGCAGGUAUGGCUAUGGAAGAGCUCCACGGCAGGAUUCCGGAAGGGUCCGGCGGCCCCACCCAGACAGACCGAGACGUUCCGCUGUCACUCACCACAUUGGCCUCGGGUCGCGCUACCUCCAUCGCAGCGGACCCCAAACGCAGACCCUGUGGGUGCCGCUCUACCAGCAGGGCCAGAGGGGGCUUCCUUCAGGCGGGCAGCGUUCCGGAUCCCAGCAACCGGAGCCGCAAACUGAGGAACCGUACCACCCUCUACCGGUUUCUUCUUGUACGGGGGAGCACAAUCACCACAGACGCUGCGAACACAAGGCUUGUCCCACGUCCAGCAAAGACAUCAGAGCCGCUCAGUGUUCCACACACGACAAGAAGCCUUUCAUGGGGAGACUGUACGAGUGGGAGCCUUUCAACGAAGUUGCUAGAGAUCAGCACUGCGAGCUCAACUGUCGAGCUGCCGGCUUCAGGUUCUACGUGCGACUGUCCGACAAAGUCAUCGAUGGGACGCCGUGCGGACGCAAUCAUUCUUCUGUCUGUGUGGCGGGAAAGUGCACGAGUCCAGGCUGCGAUGGUUUCCUGGGGUCCGGGAAGGUGAUGGACAAGUGCGGCAUGUGCGGCGGAAGCAACUCCACCUGCCGGCUGGUGUCUGGAUUCUUCCGCCACUCCCUGACAAAAAUUGGCUAUCACAAGAUCGCCGAAAUCCCGCAGGGAGCGACCAAAAUCAACGUCACCGAGAUGGCCAAGAGCAGCAACUACCUAGCCCUCCGAAGCCGAUCAGGACGGUCCAUCAUCAACGGGAAUUGGGCUAUCGACCGGCCGGGCAAAUAUGAGGGUGGGGGCACCGUGUUCACUUAUCGCCGCCCCAAUGAGAUCAGCAGCACCGCUGGCGAGUCCCUCCUCGGCGAGGGGCCCACCAAUGAGAUCCUGGAACUUUAUAUGAUCUUCCAGCAGCCCAACCCGGGCGUUCACUAUGAGUACGUGGUCACCUUGGAGACACCCCCAGGGAAUGCCGUGAAUGAGCAGGAGGUGGGGCAUGACGGUUCCCAACAGGGGAACUACGACCCGGUCGGCGGGGGGAGGUACCCGCCUCAUCGCCACGACAACCAGGUGCCGCGCCGCCAACGGGAAUACAGCUGGAAGAUGGCCGGCACCAGCGACUGCAGCGCCUCCUGUGGUAAAGGUUUCAGGCAUCCCAUCUUCCAUUGCGUCCACCGCCUAAACCAGGUCCAGGUCCAGGACAUUUUCUGUGACGGCAGCAGUAAACCAACGCCGCAGGAGGAACCGUGCAAUCUGGAGGUCUGCCCCGCAUUCUGGGACAUUGGCGAGUGGUCGGAAUGUAGCAAGACGUGCGGUCUGGGCACGCAGCAGCGUCAGGUCCUGUGUCGGCAAGCGUACGCCAACCGCACCCACAACGUGCACGGCAGUCGUUGCGGGCACCUGGAGCGGCCAGAGACGGCCGGCACCUGCCAGACCAAGAUCUGCAGCGAAUGGCACGUCCGCUCAGAUUGGAGCGCCUGCUCGGUGCCAUGCGGGCUGGGCCAGAGGUGGCGAGUCCGCUGCGUCAGCAAUGUGGGUGACUUUGUCCCUGACGCAGAGUGCAACAUGAACCUGAGGCCGGUCCACGUGGAGAACUGUGACAUGGGGGCCUGUGCCAAGAGCUGGUUCUACACAGACUGGGGCAGCAAGUGUUCUGCCGAGUGUGGAGUGGGCGUACGCACACGUGGCGUCCUGUGCCUGACCGAUCACAUGAGCGGCCUCCCCCUAGAGGCUUGCGGUAGCGAGCGGCCCCCCGACUCUCAGGUGUGCAACACAGCCCCUUGUGACAACGCUGUGGAGUGGUUCACCGGCCCUUGGAGUCAGUGUUCAGCAGAGUGCGGCGCAGGCAGCCAGCAGCGGGCGGUGGUGUGUCUUACCAGGUCACACGAAGUCGUGACCGUAGCACCCCAGUAUGAGUGUUCGUCACUGGAGAGACCGCUGAGCAGGCAGAGCUGCAACGUGAAAGCCUGCGGCGCAAAGUGGUACUACACGGACUGGAGUGCUUGCUCCAAAACAUGCGAGGGAGGAUUCCGUGUACGUGAGGUGCGUUGUCUAUCCGAAGACACGCAGUCCAGCAACAGCUGUGAGGAACGGCUCAAACCUACUGAACGGGAACACUGCAACCCCGAUCCUUGCGUACCUCAAAUAGACGAGCACUGCAAAGACGAGUACUACAACUGCAACGUUGUGGUCCAGGCUCGCCUGUGCGUCUACGACUACUACAAGAAGACUUGCUGCGCGUCGUGCUCGCGCCACCCCCACAGACACUCAGUGGGCCACAGGGGCCGCAGCUAAUACUCAUGGGACAGGAAGUAGAAACAUUUGCAGGCAGGAGCGAACCGGAAUCCGCUCACGAGAUGGACGGGACAAAUCGAGGGAAAAGUAACAUGGCACCUGUAAAUCUAUUCUGUUUAUUGGUCAGAGCAGUCCUGAUGACGUAUUCAAGAGCACUGGGAGUUUGGAUGUGUCCCUCUUGCAGUCGACAAUGUCCAACUCACCCAACUAGCCGACAACCAGAUCGCAAACUACUUGACCAUUUAGACAACUUUUUGGCCAUUUUAAUGACUAAAUAGCGAGCUAAUCAACUAACUCACAAUAGUAAACAUUUGACAAACUAACGUCUGGUGGAGUAAAAAAUUAACAAAAUUAACUAUUUUACUUACCUUUAACGAUUUGUUCAAUUAUUUUGACUGACUGACUGCCUAACUAGCAAGACAAUGACCUGCUUCAAGACCUAAUUUCAUCACUUCAAGUAGUUGACUGAUGAGCUAGCGAUCACACCAUUUUACACAGUAGCAAGCUAGCUAGCUUUUGGACUGUCUCACUCAAAAGCUCACCAAUUGACCAAGUCAAUUAAAGAAAUAUUUAACCAUCUGAAUAGUAAAUUAUUUCAAUAGCUAACCAUUUUUUUUUUUAUGAUUUCAUGAAUAAAUAGCUGAGUUUAACUAUUAAACAAACUAACUAAAUUACUAUUCCAACGGUUGGCCUGACAGGCUAGAUAGCUAACUGCCGGUAAAAUUUUAAUUCCACCAAUAUGUAAAUAUAAAUUUUGUCUAAAUGAGUCUUUGUCUGAUGUUGGUCUAUUGGGCUUCUUUCAUUGGCCAUUAUUUGGUUGGAACUCCAGACUUUGAGACAGUUUGUAAUGCGUGACAUUAAAAUGUUGGAUUUCCCAGUUUUCUUCAAUGCAGCAUCACAAUAUUUAAGAUGAAAAGUAGAACAUGGACGCUCCUGGCUUGAAUGUAAAUAUGGAAGCUUGUUAAAUGUGUGUUUGUUAAAAGGACUGUUUAAGAACACUAUUUAUUUAUGUAUCUCUCCUCAGAGAGAAUUCUGUUAAAAACCAUUUUUUUGCUUUCACCUAUCUAGCUGUCGUGACUUCCAAAUCCUGAUGUUUGAUUCGUGGAGGGAGAUCGCAUUCCAAAAUGUUGCAACUGCUGCUCAAUGGAUGACCGUACAUCUUAUUUACUUCAUUAACUUAUUCACCAACCUCCUCCUCCCCCCCUUCUGGGCACACAUCUAUAGAUAUACAUACUGUAUAUUAUGAUAUGUUCAGGGACCUGCAGAGUCUGAAGGAAUCAAGUUCUGGCUCUUUAUAAAAUACCACUAAUGGAUUGACAGACCAACUGGUUGGUUCGUGAAGGAACCAUUUUCCCUCAACUAUUUGACUUACUAAAGCUGUGUUUGGAAUCAGUCCUUAUCAAAUGUAAUGCAGGACUAUAUUUUGAGUUUUCCAUUUUGAGUGGAUGGUCGAAUAUGGAGUGAGUUUAAGUAUACUGUACCCAAUAUGGUGCCAUCAAAAUAUCGCUUGAAAUAUACGGUCACCAGAAUUGUGGCACAAGACAACGUUUAAGUGGAGCAACACAGAUUGAUAUAAAGUAAUUUGUAUUCAUUUUGGAAAAUAUACCCUUCUUGAAACAACGUUACGUACGAGUUGCUUAUUUCUCAAGACUUACUGUGAAGACUCCAAAUUGCGCCAAGUUGAGCCGUCUAACGUGCAGACAAUGAGCAAGUGAAUUCAUAUACUAAAGAACAUCAUAAACAAGUACAGCGUCUACAAAACUUGUCUAAGAACGCUUAACAUCACGGAGUACCAGAAAACUGGUCAUUAAUCAUCACCAAGAUUUAUUAUGACAUCUCUGCUUAUGCCCACUUACAGUACAC